AAAUCCUAUCACGUACAUCCAUGGGGAAAGGAGGAGCCUUGAGUGAAGGCGUAUUAAAAAACAUAAUUCUUUCUUACACCUAUGUCGCCAUAUGGAUCUUCCUCAGUUUCACCGUCAUCAUCUACAACAAGUACAUCCUCGAUCGCAAGAUGUACAAUUGGCCUUACCCUAUCUCACUCACCAUGAUCCACAUGGGUUUCUGUUCUUCUUUAGCUUACAUCCUCGUUAGCAUCUUGAAAGUCGUCGAACCAGUUCAGAUGACUCGUGACGUUUAUAUCACAUCUGUCGUCCCAAUUGGUUUGCUCUAUUCUCUUAGCUUAUGGCUUUCUAAUUCCGCCUAUAUUUAUCUAUCUGUUUCCUUUAUUCAAAUGCUUAAAGCCUUGAUGCCUGUUGCCGUUUACUCCAUUGGCGUUUUGUUAAAAAAGGAAAGCUUUAAAGCCAAAACCAUGACGAAUAUGUUAUCAAUCUCCGCCGGUGUUGCAGUUGCAGCAUAUGGCGAAGCCCAAUUCAAUGCAUGGGGUGUUACAUUACAGCUUGGGGCAGUUGCUUUUGAGGCUACUCGUUUGGUUUUGAUUCAAAUCUUAUUGAGCUCAAAGGGUAUUACGUUUAAUCCCAUUACUUCUCUUUACUACGUUUCCCCUUGUUGUUUGGUUUUCUUGUCUGUUCCAUGGAUGAUUGUGGAAUACCCAGUGUUAAGUGAGGCUUCAAGUUUCCAUUUCGAUUACUUGGUAUUUGGUACCAAUUCUUUCUGUGCUUUUGCAUUGAAUCUUGCUGUGUUUUUGCUUGUUGGAAAGACUUCUGCUUUGACUAUGAAUGUGGCUGGGGUUGUCAAAGAUUGGUUGUUGAUUGCGUUUUCUUGGUCUGUGAUUAAGGAUACCGUCACUCCUAUUAAUCUCCUCGGUUAUGCGAUUGCUUUCUUAGGUGUUGCUUAUUAUAAUCAUGCCAAGUUACAGGCACUUAAGGCUAGGGAAGCAGAAAGGAAGCUGGAUAACGAGGCUGCAAGGUUGUUGGAUGAGAGCAAAGUCGAUAAUGCAACAAAGAAGAACGAGUCUGGUAGUUGAGAUGACGUUUGGAAAUUAAGAACCUUUAGCGCACCCUCAAUCCAUUGCAUAUAGGCGCCCUUAAUUAGUCGUUGCUUGCUUUGGUUUGGUUC